AUCAUCAACAAAAUUAUGAUGAAAUAUCUGCUGGUGGUGGGCGCAAUCAUAAGCGUCGUCGCUUGCGCUGAGCCUCUCCCUCCGUCGUGCAGAUAUCCGGUUUAUUGCGACAGCGACCUUCUGCACCAUGUCCAAAUGGCACGCGUCUUCCCCGAUUCCAAGACGUUUGUGGACUACCACAUGCGCAGUGACCCUAACGACACCCUAGCGGCCUUCCAACAACUUCUCGACCAAACAAACAACGCUCCUUCGAAAGAACAUCUUACGCAAUUCGUCCAUCAACAUUUCACUAAUGACAGCGAACUGGAAGACUGGACGCCUAACGACUAUAAUGAAAACCCUGUAUUUCUCAGUACUAUUAGAGACGAACAACUUCGACAGUUCGCUAAGGAUGUUAACAACAUCUGGCCCAUACUAGGUAGAAAGAUUAAAAGCAAUGUUUUUCAAAACCCUGACCGGUACAGCAUCAUCCCUGUGUCCAACGGCUUCAUCAUACCUGGAGGUCGUUUUAAAGAGCUUUACUACUGGGACGCUUAUUGGAUUGUUGAGGGUCUCUUAAUUACAGGAAUGAAGGACACAACCAAAGGCAUGUUAAAUAAUUUUGUUGAACUGCUCAAUACGGUUGGACUUAUCCCUAACGGCGGCAGGUGGUACUACGAGAAGCGCAGUCAGCCGCCAUUAUUUACAGCUAUGAUGUCUUUGUAUAUACGAUAUACAAGCGACAUCGACUUUUUGAAGCAACAUAUAGAUGCCUUGGAGACAGAGAUGAACUUUUGGCUUGACAACAAAAUAACAACUAUCAAUAAAAAUGGUAAAUCGUACACACUCUUGAGAUACUACGCUCCAACUGCUGGCCCCCGCCCAGAAUCCUAUUAUGAAGAUUACACUACCUCAUUGCACUUCAAUACUACAGAGAGCCGGCAAGAUUUCUACGUCGAGCUAAAAAGUGCCGCUGAGAGUGGUUGGGACUUUUCCAGUAGAUGGUUCAUCGACGCCGACGGAGACAAUACUGGCCAUUUGACCAACCUCCGCACAGUGGACAUUAUUCCAGUUGAUUUAAAUGCCAUAUUCGCUAACGCUUUGCAAAAUGUAGCGUACUUCCGUUCAAUACUGGGACAGCCUCGUAUAGCUGCGCGCUGGGGAGCACUCGCUAGACUAUGGAGGAAUAAUAUCGAGCAAGUGUUAUGGAAUGAAGAAGUUGGAGUCUGGCUGGACUAUGACGUCGCUAAUCAAAAGCAUCGCAACUACUUCUAUCCGACUAACUUGUCACCGUUGUGGAUGGAAACAGUGACAAAGAACGACAUGAAGAAGCAUGCCCCUCGUAUAAUACAAUAUAUGCACGAUUCUGGUGCAUUAAAUUACCGUGGCGGAUUACCGGCAUCGAUGCUCAGAACCGGAGAGCAGUGGGACUUUCCGAACUCGUGGCCGCCUCUUGUGAGCAUGGCUGUAAAUGCGAUGAAGGCCUUGAAUACUGAGGAGAGUAAAUUAAUCGCAUUCCAAUUAGCGCAGGAUUAUGUGCGAGCGUGCCAUAAAGGGUACCAAGAACACAAACAGAUGUUCGAGAAGUACGAUUCAGAAAAUCCUGGUCAAUACGGUGGUGGCGGAGAAUACACGGUGCAGGAGGGAUUUGGAUGGUCCAACGGAGUUGUAUUUGAGUUCCUAGCAAUGUACGGUAGAGAAAUGACGGCUAACGACUCAUUGGAUGACAGUGAAAAUGGUACAGAACCGGCGGCUUCCUCACAUCAGCCUGUCUCUGUACAGAAAGCACCAUAAUUAUAAUUAUGUAUAAUUCAUAUGCAAAAGAAAAUUCUACGCAAAUAUCAUGCUUAUACAUAGAUACUGUGACGAUUUGAAAAGGCAUUUGUUGUUAAUAUAGUUAAAAGUAUGUACAAAUAUUUUUUUAUAUCUAUGCUUUUACAGCACAGGUUGUGAUUUAGAAACAAACAAUUACCAACUACUUAUCAAUAACAUGAAAUAGUGCCAUACAUACCUAGUUAUUUAUAAUAAUAUAUAUGUACAAAUAUAUACCCAAAAAUUUGACCAACGAAUUUAUUUGAUUCAUAGGUGUUAUAAGUAAAGGUGAUAAGUUAAAAGAAAACUGUGCAAAAAUGUAUAAUGUUCAAGAAACAAUUUUAAGAAUAUGCAUUUACAAUAAUAUCAACUAUUUUUGUUUAAAGUAAUUUAAGUUCCAAUUCUUAUGUCAGUGUCCUUGUGACAUUUCUCGCAUUUCAUACCUUGUUUUCCGGUAGGUUUUAUUUAAAAAAUAACUCCCAUGAAAUUAUGUAUUCCAUUCAUUGACUUACAAAUAAAUGGACGACGGGUCUAAUACAAAAACCACGAAAAAAAUGUCCCAAGUCAACCUAUUUAAAC